AAGGGGAGUGAUCUGUGGGGUGAUAUUCUCCAUUGAGUAACCCAAUCAUCUACUUACAAUGUCAGGACGCGGCAAACAAGGAGGCAAGGUUCGGGCUAAGGCCAAGACACGCUCAUCCCGGGCUGGUCUGCAGUUCCCAGUCGGUCGUGUUCACCGUCUGCUCAGGAAGGGUAACUAUGCCGAGCGGGUCGGCGCCGGAGCUCCAGUGUAUCUCGCCGCCGUCCUCGAGUAUCUCACGGCUGAGAUCCUUGAGCUGGCCGGCAACGCCGCCCGCGACAACAAGAAGACCCGCAUCAUCCCCCGUCACCUCCAGCUGGCUGUCCGCAACGACGAGGAGCUCAACAAGCUGCUGGGCGGCGUCACCAUUGCCCAAGGAGGAGUCCUGCCCAACAUCCAGGCCGUGCUGCUGCCCAAGAAGACCGAGAGCCACAAGGCCACCAAAUCCAAGUAAUCCCGAUCGCUUCAUUCCCCUCCAUUACCCAACAAAACAAAGGCUCUUCUAAGAGCCACCCACCUCUCCAUACAAAGAGCCCGACACAUGUACAUUGUUUUUCUUUUUUCCUAUUCUCAGGUACACAAUUCACUCUAAAAAGCAAACAUGUUGUAUUCUAAACACUUCUCUACAAGUGACUAAUAAAGUAGGAAGAUUCGGACUUAUUAUACCCCCUCCAUAUAAAGACACCCAUACAUUGUUAUCGGGAGAUCUGAUUGUAUGUUCUCUCAUUUCAUGGCAGUUUAUAGAACAAAGUGAUGUCAUUACAGGGAAUGAUCUUCAUUGCUCUCCGUCCUUUAGUUCUGACGGAUGAUUCGAUUUAAUUCCAUACACGCUAAACAAGAAUACUUCCGACUGAGAAGCGACACAGAUCUCCUUCAGAGUCACCAGAAUAAAGAGAUCUAAAGGAAUCUCCAACAACUGUGAUUUGCUCAACGUUCUAAUUCUGUCGUAGAAAUUUAUCUCAGGAAUUCGAUAGACUGUUACAGUCAUCUCAGAUCCACUCAGCCGACCCUUCCGGGAACAUUGAUCAACUUGGUCCCCUUCAUUUCAGUGGAAUUAUUUACCAAGAAUAAGAAAUACGUUGGAAAUAAUCAUUUCCGAAUUGUUUUGGUUUGACAUCAGAAUACAGAAUCCGCCCUGCUAUAGA